AUGAAGUACUUGGCUGCUUACUUGUUGUUGGUCCAGGGUGGUAACUCCGCCCCUUCUGCUUCUGACAUCUCCUCUCUCUUGGAGACUGUUGGUGCUGAGGUUGACCAGUCCAGAAUCUCCACCUUGUUGUCUGAAUUGGACGGCAAGUCUGUUGAGGAGUUGAUUGCCGAGGGUAACACCAAGUUGGCUUCUGUUCCAUCUGGUGGUGCUGCCGCUGGUGGUGCUUCUUCUGGUGCUGCUGCUGGCGGUGCUGACGAGGCUGCUGCUGAGGAGAAGGAGGAAGAGGCCAAGGAGGAGUCUGACGACGACAUGGGCUUCGGUUUGUUCGACUAA